AUGCCGCCACGCGCGCAGUCCCCCCGCCCUGCCAGCUCCAUCCCCCCAUCCGUUCCCCCGCUCUUCUCCGCGCGCCCCUUCCUGCUCGGCGCGGCCGUCGCGCUGCUGCUCUCGCAGGCGGCGCUCCUCGCGCGCCUCCACAUCCCCGCCGCGCCGUAUCUUCGCGCUGCUGGUGCGGGCGGCUUGGCGGGGGACGUUAGCAGCCCUGGGGAUUUGGGUGACCGCGAGGCCGCUGUGGAGUCGCAGGGCGACGGCAAUCAGUCGCAGGGCGAUGGCGAUCAGUCGCAGCAGCAGUCGCAGGAGAUGGCAGUGCUGCGGAAUGUCACGGAGCUGGCGCAAUGGGCGGCGGAAAUCGCGGACGCGCUGAGGGCAGUGUUCCCCGAAAUGAUGGAGUCAAGGGACUCGUUCAUACAGCACCUCUCCCACUGCUCUAGCCACACCUGCCAUCCUCACUCUCAUCCCUCCUCUCCCUUCUUCCCAUCCCUCCCCCCCUUCUCCUCCUCCUUCACCAACCCCCCCUCCCCUCUCCCUGCAUGCAUGCAGACCCACCUGCCCCAGCUGGCACCUGUGCCAUACCGCAGCAGAGGGACCUCCGCCCAUCCAUCCUCCACCUCUCUCACCAUCCUCUCCCUCCCGCGCUCCUUCCGCCGCACCCACUGCUCCACUGCGACUGCACUGCUCCCACCCGCACUGCCCAUUGACACCACACAUACCAGCAGCAGCAGCAGCAGCAGAACAGCUACACAAGGCAGCAAGCUUAACCCCGUUGACCCCGUUAACAGCACUGACCCCAUUGACCGAGUUGACGACGUUGACCCGUACGAUGCGGCCGGCCGUGCCAGGCUGGCUCGGGUGCUCAUCGCCCUGCACCAGUCCUCCUCCUCCACGUGGCUCCCUCCCUGGCUCUCCCACCUCCUGCCCACGUGGCUGCCUCCCAUUGGCCGCAGCAGAUCUCCCUCCACGCACAGCUAUUGGCUGGGCAAGCUGGCAGAAGAAUGGGCAGCACAGGGGGGAGAGGGAAGGGGGAGGGGAGGAGGAGUAAGGGGAGGCGGAGCAAGAGGGGCGAUUGACCUUGGGGUGGAGGGGAGGUUGGCGGUGGGGCUGGGGCAGAGCAGGCCGGGCAGUCAGAAAAGUCAAGCGAGUCAAGGCAGUGAAGGCAUUCCGGCGGUGCAUGGCAGGAAGGGGUCAGCAGCAAGCAGGGGGAGUGGGUGGUGGGGCGUCACGUGGAACAGCAGGACGAGUGCAGGGAAGGUCUUGAUGGGCAGGGGAGGCAAGGACGGGGAUGGGAGAGGCAGGGAGGGCGAGGGACGGCAGUGGAAGUACUUCCUCUCAGCCAUGGCCUUCAACCGCGCUGCUGCUGCUGCUGCCUCUGCUGGCAGCGGUUCAGAGCGGUGUCAGGCUGCAGUUUUCGCCAUCUUCCAGAGAGGGCAUUACAUCCUAACAACUCUCACCGCUCAAGCCACUGGAGCCCCACUUUUGCCCACCCGCGCCCACCCUUCCCACCCUCCCCUCGCUCCCCUCUCAUGCAGUGGAUGGAUGGAGUACAUGCGGUAUGCGGGCACGGAGCACAUCAUCUGGUACGACCGUGCCUUUUGCUCCAUGUGGCCCGAUAUGCUUGCUCCCCUCUCCCGUCCCUGCUCCCCCUCUUGCUCCUCUCUCCCCUCCCACCAGUGGAUAGAGUACAUGCGCUACGCAGGCACGGAGCACAUCUAUUGGUACGACUGUGCUGCCAGGGAGGCGGAGAGCCAGGAGGCCGUCCUCUCGGUGUACACCCACGCAGGGCUGCUGACGUACCACCGCCUGCACCAGAUAACGCCUCCCCCUGCUGGCGCUGAUUACCACUUUGACCAGGACUCCUCGCUCUCCCACUUCCUGCAGCACCACGGCCAUGAGUCCAAGUGGGUGGCCUUUGCUGACGUGGACGAGUACAUCUUCAUGCCGCCCGACACCCGCCCGGGCUUCCUCACACGCCUCCUGCUGCGCCGCCCAUGCGCCGCCCAACACUCCGCUCCUGGUGCUGCUGGCAGGGCAGGAAGAGGGAGGAGAGAGGAGGGCGAGGCACAACAGGAUGACCAGCAGGAGGCAACGCAGCUCCUGCUAUACAACCAGUUCUUCAUAGGCCACCCACGCCCUCCCCCUGCGCGCCUCACUAUAGAGCGAUUCAUCCACCGCCCGCACCGCCCGCCCGACCACCAUGACCGCCUGCGAGGCAAGAUGCUGCUGCAGCCCGCGGCUGCCCUCGGGUUCCUCUCCCACGCACCCCACCGCGCUCUCAUGCACUCUGGAGAGACCAUAGUGGCUGAUCCUGGGCUCAUUCGUGUGAAUCACUACUGGGGUGAUAGGGGGUUAUCGGCGAAUGCGAGUGAGAGGGAGAGGGAGGAGCUGGAGGAUGGGUCGGUGGAUGAUAGGAGCAUGCAGGUUAUAGCGGAUGUGAUUAAAAGGAGGUUGAGAUGGGUGGUGCCGGUGCUGCCCGUGCUGUGUGAGAGGGAGGCUGUGGUUGGUGCUAUGAUGGAAGCUCAGAGGUUGGCAGAUGUGCUGCUGCAAUCUGUGCAGAUGGAAAAUGGAUGA